UCUUUCGCGAUCAUCUGUGUCUCUAAACCGGGAGAUUCUGUGGAUUUUGUUGGGAAAUCUGGGAUUGUUACGAGUCAUGGAUGUUUCCCGUGGAUCUGUGGAUGGAUCGUAAAAGACUGAGGACUGUGAGAAUGAGCGUGUCGGAGGCGGGGAGGUAGAGCCUCGGCUCACAGAGGUCGUUCUCGGGCCGGGGCUGGACCCGCGGAGCCCUGCCUCGGGGGGGCGCUCACACCCCGCUGUGAGUCCAGACCAUGGGGGAUGGAGGCGCCGGCGCCGCUGGAGGUGACGGCGUAAACCGGUCGCACGUGCUCUUUGACGGCUUCGUCCAGGCCUCCACCUGCAAAGGCACGCUCAAAGCCUUUCAGGAGCUGUGCGAGCACCUGGACGUCAAACCCCGAGAGUAUAAAGUCUUCUACCACAAACUCAAGUCCAAACUCAACUACUGGAAGGCCAAAGCGCUGUGGGCCAAGCUCGACAAGAGGGCGUGUCAGAAAGAGUACAAGAAAGGCCGCGCCUGUGCCAACUCUAAGUGUCUCAUCAUCGGGGCAGGACCAUGUGGCUUACGUACCGCCAUCGAGCUGGCGUUCCUGGGGGCCAAAGUGGUUCUGCUGGAGAAGAGAGACGCUUUCUCCAGGAACAAUGUGCUCCACCUCUGGCCUUUUACGAUCCAGGACCUCAGGGGCCUCGGCGCCAAGAAGUUUUAUGGGAAGUUCUGUGCCGGUGCUAUCGAUCAUAUCAGUAUUCGUCAGCUGCAGCUGAUGCUGCUCAAAGUGGCUCUUCUUUUAGGGAUUGAGAUUCAUGUCAACGUUGAAUUUAAGGGUCUGAUUGAACCCCCUGAAGACCAAGAGGCCGAGCGGAUCGGCUGGAGGGCGGACGUUCUCCCCAGGACACACCCUGUGAGUGAGCUGGAGUUUGAUGUCAUCAUCGGGGCAGAUGGAAGGAGGAACACACUUCCAGGUUUUCGACGGAAGGAGUUCAGAGGGAAACUGGCCAUCGCGAUCACGGCAAACUUUAUCAACAGACACACCACAGCCGAAGCUAAAGUGGAGGAGAUCAGCGGCGUGGCUUUUAUCUUUAAUCAAAAGUUCUUUCAGGACCUCAGAGAAGCCACAGGAAUCGACCUGGAAAAUAUUGUGUAUUACAAGGACGACACGCACUACUUUGUGAUGACGGCCAAGAAACAGAGCCUGCUGGAGAAAGGCGUCAUUCUGCACGACUACGCAGACACAGAGAUGCUGUUGUCCCGAGCGAACGUGGACCAGGUGGCGUUACUCUCUUACGCUCGUGAAGCUGCAGAUUUCUCCACCAAUCAUCAGCUGCCCACGCUGGACUUCGCCAUAAACCACUACGGCCAGCCCGACGUCGCCAUGUUCGACUUCACGUGUAUGUACGCCUCCGAGAACGCCGCCAUGGUCCGACAGCGGCACGGACACAAGCUGCUGGUGGCGCUCGUGGGGGACAGUCUGCUGGAGCCCUUCUGGCCCAUGGGGACGGGAAUAGCUCGAGGUUUUUUGGCUGCCAUGGACUCGGCCUGGAUGGUGAGGAGUUGGGCGCAGGGGAAAAGUCCGCUGGAGGUGCUGGCGGAGAGGGAGAGUAUUUACCGUCUCCUGCCUCAGACGACGCCGGAGAACGUCAGUAAGAACUUCAGUCACUACAGUGUGGACCCCACGACGCGAUACCCCAACAUCAGCCUCCACUUCCUCAAACCCAGUCAGGUGAGGCAUCUCUUUGACUCUGGUGAAUCGAGGGAAAUGAGAAUUGAAAUUGAAAACGUGAUCAACUCCUCCACCCCCAAACUGACGCGGAACGACAAUUGUCUGCUUGACAAACAGCUGCAAGAAUCCAUCGCUCGGUCCAGUAAACUCCUGAACUGGUGCCAAAGACAGACGGACGGAUACCAGAACGUAAAUGUAACGGAUCUAACCAUGUCGUGGAAAAGCGGUUUGGCUCUUUGUGCUCUGAUUCACCGAUACAGGCCUGAUCUGAUUGACUUUGACUCUCUGGACGAGCGGGAGCACGAGCGGAAUAACCAGCUGGCGUUUGACGUGGCGGAGAAAGAGUUUGGGAUCUCUCCGUGUAUGACGGGCAAAGAGAUGUCCUCAGUCCUGGAGCCGGACAAACUGUCCAUGGUCAUGUACCUCAGCCAGUUCUAUGAAAUGUUUAAGGACACAGUGCCCCCCAGUGAUAACCUCAACUUGAGUCCAGAAGAAAAAGCCGCUCUUAUCGCCAGCACCAAAUCUCCCAUCUCCUUCCUGAGUAAACUCGGUCAAAGUAUCGCCAUCUCCAGGAAACGAAACCCAAAGGACAAAAAGGAGAAGGACGUGGACGGUUUGGGGAAGCGACGGAAAACCAGUCAGUCAGAAGACGACGAAGUUUCAAGAAGCUGCCGUGACGAUAGACCGCCCGUCCCCGUUCUUCCGGAGAGGAGGAUGGACACGACCGCGGCGGCGAACAACAACAAAGUCAAGGUUAUGGCCACGCAGCUGUUAGCCAAGUUUGAGGAAAACGCUCCAGCUCAGCCGUCUGGACUCAAACGACAGGGGGACUCUCUUCCUAAUCUGGAUCAUCUUCUGUCCACUCCCCCGACCCCAAAGCCCGAGAAUGAGCCCGUGACAGUGAGAGUGGCCCCUGCCUGGACCAAGGGCCGGACGCAGCAGCAGGAGCAGCUCAGCUUUCGAUACAAACAGAUGCUCAAGUGUCAGACGCUUCCUCACCGACCGGAGCAGGCCAGGAGUGGAGCGGAGCAGGUGUCCCACGCAGGCUCUCGCAGCUGCCCAAAGAAAACCAUUCUGCUCCCCUCGUCCUCCUCCACCUCCUCGCUGUCCCUUCACUCAGAGAGUUUGACUAAAGAGGACGAAGAUGAACUCGAGUACUACGAGAACCCCAAGAAAUGUCGGGUACAGGAGUUUGCAUCGUUACACAUUGUAGAGCCAGAGCCAGAGCCGAUCCACAUCCCGGGGAUACAAGAGCGAGCCGAGCGACUUAUCUCAAAGUUUAAGUCUAAACCGGCGAAGCCCCCAAAGCCAAAGAAAAAGCCCUCGCGGUUCUUUUUGGAGCAGUGGUACAUGUCCAGGGGCGUGAGUCCAGGUUCACCUCUGUUGUCUUCAGAUUCUUGCACAAAGGAGUCAGAGAAGCCCGUGAUGUGCGAGGACCAAAAGCCCAUAUAUGUUCUUAGUAUUCAGGAACGAGCUGAGCAGUUGGCGUCUCUGUUUGACCCAAAACCAGACAAACCACAGAUUAAGAAAAAGCCGUCGCGUUUCUUUAUGGAACAGUGGCACGCGGCUCGAGCCCAGUCACCAUCCGAUUCCCCGUCCACCUCCCCUGACGCUCUGAGACAGCGCUGUGUGCGGAUGUACACAGGCGGCGUUAGCUCGUUGGCUGAGCAGUUAGCCAAUCAGCUUCAGUCACAGGAAGACGCCAAGACCUCACCUGAAAAGAGGGAUUUGGGUUCUCUCAGGAAGGAGUUUCCCGUGAACAUCGGCGGGAGCGACGUUUGCUUCUUCUGCCGUAAACGAGUGUACGUGAUGGAGAGACUGAGUGCGGAGGGAAAGUUCUUCCAUCGCAGCUGCUUUAAAUGCGACUACUGUGGAACCACGCUGAGACUGUCCUCCUACGCCUUCGAUGUGGAGGACGGGAAAUUUUACUGCAAGCCGCACUUCUGUUACCGUCUGUCGGGCUACGCUCAGAGGAAACGACCUGCUCCGUCUCCAGCUCCAGCGCCGGCGAAGGAACACCUUCCACCUCCGGCCCCCACGGCGACCGUGGACGCCCCGGGACCCGCCCCCAUCGCAGAGCAGCCCCCGUCAGCGCCGGAGGUCAACGGGCUGCAGGACCCCAGCGUGGCCAAGAGACUGCGGGGGACUCCGGAGCGCAUUGAACUGGAGAACUACCGUCUGUCUCUGCAGAAGGAGGAGGAGCUGGAGGAGGUGCCGGAGGAGACGCUGGCGGAGCACAACCUGAGCAGCGUGUUGGACAAGGCCACGGCCGCCGAUCUGGGCUCCAGCAGCUCGGAGUCUGACAUGGAGGAAGAGGACGAAGACGAGCCCGAGGAGUGCGAGGGGGAGCGGCCGCCGCGCAGCCCCACCGACCCGGGCGGGGUUCCCUGGAAAGAGGCGGUGGAGCUCCAUGCCGAGCUGCGAGGAGGUGAUCCCGGCGAGGAGGGGGACGCUCAGGACGCCGUGAGCCGGGACGGAGCGCUGGACGAGGAGGAAGACGACGACGAGGAUGAGGAGGAAGAGGAAGAGGAGGAGGAGGAGGGGGAGGAGGAGGAGGAGUCAAGCGAAGAGGGCGAUUACUGCCCCUGGGACAGAGAGCUCCAGUCAGGCCUUUGGCUGGACAAGUACCUCAAAGAUGAAGACGAUACUGGUACUUUUAAAGCCAGAAACCUUCAAAUCCAACAAAUCCUGCAGCCGGUGGAUCCGCAAGCCCUCCCACCUGCGGGGGGCGCUCACCCGGACUCCGAGGGCGAUAAGGAGGUCCAGCCGGUCUCGCCAACCCAACCCCCCCGUCCCUCCCGCCCCUCAGAGCACACGCAGCCCUCCCCCACAGCCGUCACAUCAGCCCGACACGAGGCAGUGCGAGUCUGGCUGGAGUCCGUGUCUGGAGAGCCUUGCGAGGAUGACGAGCUGGAAGCGGUGGCAGAGAGUCCGGAUGCGGAGCCGGGUACAGAGAUGGAUCAGGAUGACAUCCCUUCAGACGCAGAAGCGGAGGCUCGUUUGCACCCCUCGGAGCCCUCGGAAGCACUUCCCGAGGAGAACGAGAAAUUGGAAAGUCUGCAGACGGCUUCUAGUAACGGGCCGUCCAGCGUCAACCGGAUUCUGGAAAAUGACAUAAUCCUUCCUCCGCUGAAACUACCUGUAGAGCUCGACACUCAGACAAAUCGAAUAUCUCCCGCCGGGUUGUUGAAGUCACCUGGCGCCCGCUUUUUCUCAGAUCCGUACCUACCGGAGGAAAACAAAACUGACAGAACAAAUUCCACUCCAUCUCCGAUCACAAACCCUUCGCCCGCUGUUACUCCUCACCUCCAUUCUUCUCCGUCUCCUGUUUCUCCCGUAUUUCCGACAUCUCUUGUCAGCUCUCCUGUCAAACCCGCGUCUCCUGUCAGAUCUCCUGUCAAGACUCCGGUCCUUUCUCCGAUUUGCUCCCAGCCCACUUCACUCCCGGAAACGCACGCUCCGAGAUCUCCGGUUUUCCCUCACCGCUCCAUCUGCCCUCUCACCGGGAACCCGCUGUCCCCGAUCUGCGCCCAGCCGAUGCCGUGCCACGAGCCUUCAUCGCCGCUCUCGUCCAGUUCUCCCGUCAGAACGCAGCCGGUUCCCGCGGUCGCGUCCACGCCGAAAUCCGAAGCGUCCGACAAGUCUGCGGAUUCGUCGAUCGAGGAAACGCCAUCCAAAAAGACGGAUAUCAUUGAGGAAUUCUGGCUCAAAAGUGCGGAGAUUAGGAAGAGUCUCGGUUUGACUCCGUUGGACCGCAGUAGUAAAAUCUUGGAGAAAAGCGUUGUCGUUAGCCCGCCGCAAGAGCCCGUCAAGACGAAAGAUACAGUAGAGGAGCAGAAGAAGCCAACUCUCGGCGGCCGCGCGGUCAUUCGCCGAAUCAACAUCACUCUCGAAGGUCAGGUGAUCACGCCCAUCAAUCCCGAAACAAAAGGUAACGUCUCAGAUAGGAGCAGCUCGGGCUUGGGUUUAAACGGCGGCAUGUUGACGAGCCACGCGGUCAACAGCGACAGCUACAACACGUCCGACUCCACCAUGUUGACCCCGCCCUCCAGCCCGCCGCCGCCAGUGCCUAGCAACCAAUCCCCGGCGGUGAUCAGGCAACAGAAACACCAAGCGUCAUGGAGCAACGGGAAGGAAAAGCCUCAACCUGAGCGUGCCAAAGAGCCCUCGAAAACAAAAACUCCAAUUCCUUCGCCGAGGACUCAGCUCAGCCCAGUUUCUGCUCCCAAACCGGCUCCAAGGAAAGCCGCCUCGCCGCAAGCAGAACCGGAAGCAGCUCCUGUCGUGGUCAUGAGGGAGAAGAAGAAGACGCGCCCGGAUCACGUGAGGAAGUCUUUCGUGGAGACGGUGGAGGAGAUUCCUUUUGCAGAUGAUGUGGAGGAAAGCUACGACGAACGAACACCAGAAUCAAGUAUGAAUAGAUAUUACACUCCUCCGACCAGCAAAGCCAGCAGGGACCGGCCUCCUUUGCACUUGGCCUUAGCGAUGGAAAACGGUAAACCUAAUAUCCCGGUCAAUCCUGUCUCAAAGACCCAGAGGGCAACUCAAUUUUCUCCCGAGGCCAAGGAGAUUGCGGAGGAGAGAAUGAGAGCCAGAGAAAAAUCCAUAAAGAGCCAGGCAUUGAAAGACGCUAUGGCCAAACAACUGAACAAAAUGAAAGAUUCCGAAGCCGACAAGGGGGCGUCGCCUAAAGUGGCCUGGAACGUCGCUCCUGAAGCUGCUGACAAAAGCAAAAAGUCUCCCAGUUCUCCCAAAACAUCUGCGGUGAAAGCGUUGGAAUACAAACGGGCAGAGACUCUACCCGAGCGCUUCUUCAGUAGCAACAAAAGUCUGGACAGCUCUGUGGCGUCCUCCGAUGGCUCGUCCUCGACCAAGAGCAAAAAGCGGAGUUCCCUUUUCUCUCCACGGAAAAACAAGAAGGAGAAAAAGGCGAAGAACGACGGCAGCAGACUGUCUGGUUCAGAUGAGACGCCGCCCAAACAUAAGUCGCUGUGGAAGGCGGUUUUCUCAGGAUACAAGAAGGACAAGAAGAAGAAGGAGGACAAAUCGUGUCCCAGUACUCCGUCCUCCAGCUCCACCACGCAGGACUCGGGCAAGAAGAAGACGGCGUCUCCUGGGAGAUCGUCAGAUUUAAAGUCACGGCGAAACUUGAGCUUUUCGGAGGACUCGGACUUGUCGUGUGAUGAUGUUUUGGAGCGGUCAUCCCAAAGGUCAAAGGCCGAUCACACGGACAUCUUUGAUUUAGUGUCAGGGAUGCAGAAGGAAGUGAUAAAAGAGGAAAAAGUGGGAAGGGAUAAAAAACGAAAGGUACUGAAGGAAAGGCAGAGGAUAAAGGAAAAAGAGAGGAGGAGAGAAGUGGAGAGAGAGCGUGAUCCAGAGCAGGAGCAUAAAGACGAGGAGUCUUUAUAUGUCCCCCAUGCUCUGGCGUUCAAGAGAUCGUACGCCACCAAGAAAACCUACACGGAGGAGGAGCUGAACGCCAAAAUCACACGGAGAGUCCAGAAAGCAGCGAGACGCCAAGCGAAACAGGAAGAGCUCAAGAGACUGCACAGGGCCCAGAUCAUCCAGAGACAGUUGGAGCAGGUGGAGGAGAAGCAGAGGCAGCUGGAGGAGAGAGGCGUAGCUGUGGAGAAAGCCUUAAGAGGCGAAGCAGGAAUGUAUAAAGGUACUUAUACGUUACCCAAACAGCACAAAAGGCGAUCAGACUAUUGGGGAGAUUCAAAUUACAGUGAAAUCCUGGACUUGCAUCUGGGCGUCGAGCCCGGCGAGGGGACAUCCCGCCGAAGACCCGUGUCCCUGUGUCCCUGCUGGUCGCCUGAAGGAAUGGGCAAGAAGGACGACCCCAAGCUCAUGCAGGAGUGGUUCAAGCUGGUCCAGGAGAAAAACGCGCUGGUGCGAUAUGAAUCUGAGCUCAUGAUAUUCGCCAGAGAGCUGGAGCUGGAGGACAGACAGAGCCGACUGCAGCAGGAGCUCAGGGAGAGGAUGGCGGUGGAAGACCACUUGAAAACUGAACAGGAGCUGGCUCAGGAGAAGCAGAUUCUGAAUGAGAUGUUGGAGGUGGUGGAGCAGAGGGACUCCUUAGUGGCUCUCCUAGAAGAGCAGCGUCUCCGAGAGAAGGAGGAGGACAAGGACCUGGAGGAGGUGAUGCUCUCGAAAGGAUUCAACCUGAACUGGACCUAAAAACACAGAUAUUACACAGUGAACUACCCUCCACCGCACACGGCCACGCCCCCACAGCCCUCCGCUCCACUCCAACUCUGAGAAGUGUCUCUGAGUGCCACACCUGAAGCACUGAACGGUCCAGCUCCUCCUCGACUCCUGCAGCUUGAGUUCAGUGGAGACUGUUGUUUACGUGUCCACUGUCCCAAGGCGACUCUGCUUAAUCAUUUUGCAGUUUUGUCUUUUCUUCUUCUAUCUCUCUGUGGGAGUUUUUGAAGCCUCUGGAACACAGAGGAUUCUGGGAGAAUGUUUAAAGACUUGAUUUGUUGGAGAAUGUCUAAAGGGAAAGAUGCAGUGAAGUCCUGCUGAUGUACAGCCUUUGUAAAGAAACGUGCUUCUAUGUACAGUUGUUUUUGCAGGUCGGGCUCGGCAAAAAGAGGAUCCUCUUUUGACCUUUAAAGACCGAAGCAUAAAUAACGUUGGUUCAGAGCUGGAGGCCGGCGUCCAGUUACAAUUUCACAUUUUUAAGUUUGUUGUUUUCGCUGAAGUUGCCUUUAUUUUUGUCAAACUGCAUAGAAACGAACCACACGGCGAUCUGAAGUCACACUGGUCCUGACUGUACGGAGUCGUAAAGAUACCAAUGCAUAUUAUGUAUUUAUUCACUUUGUUUGCUUUUACCAGAUAAACACUUUGUGUAUUCACAGGAGAGAGGCCAGAAUCUCAUUAGUUUGCGUUUGUGCAGACCUCCAGCCCGUCAGACGCUGCAUGUCAGAGGCUGCAGGUGCACACAUGAAUAUUAUGUUAAGACACACAAAACAAACGUGUGAACAGGAGCAGAGCAGCUCCUGUGAGGGGCUGUUUAUCACUUUGACAACUAAUGUUUACAACUUAUUGUUCAUGUUCAAAAUAGAGUUUGCGUUCUCGGUGUCGGCGGCAGACGUUAAAUAAACAGCGGCAGAAAUAAUUUACUUUGGAGGAAAUGUCUGCAGCCGUUUGAUGCUUUCGUUUUGUGAGUCUGAUGUUAUUAACGGAGAGAAUGAAGUUCAGACUCACUGCUGUGCCACAGGACUUUAUAUAUUUACACACCACAAACACUAUAGAUGUACAUCAUGGACUGUUUAUAUAAGUGGACAGAGCUAACCUGCUAGCCAUCGCGGUCCAAACAGGAAGUGAUCAUGUUGCACUUCCAGCUCCAUCGACUCUGUCUCUGCUGCUUCAGACUCAUUCUGGUCUUAAAUGUUCGUAUUAACCCUCUACAUGAUCCUGGGGUUUUUAUUUCACUAUUGUGUCUGUAAAUCAAGAUAUGAACAUUAAUAACAGACAAAUCAGGUCCUUCUUUCCCUGAGAUCUCUCCCAAAUCAGCGAUACGGGCGGAAAGGGGCGUUUCCUUCAACCACCUGGCUCCUGAUUGGCUCUCUCGUUGCUAUGACACUCAUGGUCUUCACCUGCUCCGGCCUCGAUGAGCUUCAUUUGGAGCUGAAGCUGUGGUGACGUCGCACUCAGUCACUUCUUUACAGUCCGUGCUCUACAAACACUACAGAGUUUUACCGUUUAUAAUCUCGUGCUGCAGCGUCACUCAGAAACACGUCCAGUUUAAACCAGUGUUAACCCGCUUCACGACGAUGCCUUUUUACCGUUUUAUUUUCGUCUCAUUUCGUUGGUAUCAGUUUGUUUUUAGUCACAUUUCUCACUCUGUGUUUUUUUUUCUUUGGGAUUUUUUUUUUUUUAAAACAGCGACUCCAAGUGCGGUUCUCAAAAACUAAAAAUAUCAAAAGUGGAAUGUUCAACGUUUGGGGCGAAAUCAAAUCAAACACUUUAAACCCCGCCCCCUCGCCGCUCCACGUGCAGAGACUUGGUUUAAGCUGUGAAUACGACGUUCAGAUGAUUUUAAGGGUGUUGUUUUAGAUUGUGUGAAAUACGUUUGAAAUGACUGAUAUUUAUUAACGUGUGCAAAACUGUAUAAUAUGUAAAGAAAAUGAAGUUAAUUUUUAAAAAAGGUGUGUCACAUGACUUAUGUAAACGCUUCAUGUAGCUCGGACGCCUCGGGGUCAUGGACGUGGACGCUCAAAGGCAAUAAAUCAAUGCAGUUCUCUUAAGUCUGACCC